AUGCAUUCGUGGAAGAUAUCUAAGUUUAGGUUUGGGAAGUCUAAGGAUGAGAAGAUUGGUGAUGAUAAAGGUGGGUUAGGUUUGCCUGGCAGUGGUGAUAAUAGUACUAGUGAUCUUGAUGUUUCUAUUCGUGACGAUUCUAGUUCUGGAGUACGUUCUUCUACUGAACAGAGAAGUGUUGGUAUUGGUAGGAACUCUUCGAACGUUGCUUCUGUGAGGGCAUCUCAGGAUGGUAGUUCAUCAGCUUCUACUGAAGGUGACAGGGCUACUAAACAGUCUACUCCCAAUGGUUUAGAAGUUGGGAACGGUGUAAGUUCUGAACCAAAUACAGAUACUUCUUCUUCUGGGAUAAUGACGGUGAAAGUUUACAAAGGGGAUGGGUUUGUUUUACCUUUCCCUAUCACUUCAAAUCAGCAAGUGUUGAGUAAGCUUUUAAACUCUGGGGUUUCAUCUUCUAAUGGAGGGUUGCUUGAAGAGGCUGAUUUGUUGUCGUCGCAAUUAGCCCGUUUAUCAUUGGAAAAACAAGGUUCAAGUGAAGAAAUUGUCCUUCCUGGUGAUUCUUAUACAAAAUUCAUUCCUUCCACUGUUAAACUUCCCGGUUCUGAAACUUUAAAUCCCCUUAUUUAUUUCACUAUAGAAUUUGAUAACACUGUUGCUACUAUUGAACCUGAAUAUGGUACAAUGACGCGUCCUACAUUUAAUAAAAUAUCAGUAUUUGAUGUUACAAGAAAGUUGCCAAAUUUGAAAAUUGAUAUCUUCGGUAGAAUCCCAUCGAUAUUAUUGCCUUCAGAAUCUUGGCAACAAACUUACGGAUCGCAAGAUGAAAAUUUGAAAAAUAUCUUGGAGAAGAUAAAAUCAAAUCAAGACAUCCAAUUAGGCUCCUUCUUAUUACCUGUUAAUUUAAAGAUCGACUCAGCUGCUAACAUUAGACUAUAUAGUCACCAUUGGGUCACUUUAGACAAUAAAUUGGGAAAGAUAUGCUUAACUGUAGACUAUAAACCUUCUAAGAAUAAACCAUUGUCUAUUGAUGAUUUCGAUUUGUUGAAAGUCAUUGGUAAAGGUUCUUUUGGUAAAGUAAUUCAAGUAAGAAAAAAAGACACUCAAAAAAUUUAUGCUCUAAAAGCAAUUAGAAAAGCCUACAUCGUUUCUAAAUCUGAAGUUACACACACUCUAGCGGAAAGAACAGUUCUAUCAAAGGUAGACUGCCCAUUCAUCGUACCACUUAAAUUCUCAUUUCAAUCUCCAGAAAAGUUAUACCUAGUAUUAGCAUUUAUCAAUGGGGGUGAAUUGUUUUUCCAUUUACAAAAAGAAGGUAGAUUUAGUCUAUCAAGAUCCCGUUUCUAUGCAGCUGAAUUGUUGUGUGCUUUAGAGACGUUGCACAAAUUUGAUGUUAUUUACCGUGAUUUGAAGCCUGAAAACAUUCUGUUAGAUUAUCAAGGUCACAUUGCAUUAUGUGAUUUUGGUUUAUGUAAAUUGAAUAUGAAAGAUAAAGAUCAAACCGAUACAUUCUGUGGUACCCCAGAAUAUCUAGCUCCAGAACUGCUACUAGGACAAGGUUAUUCAAAAGUAGUCGAUUGGUGGACUCUGGGUGUUUUGUUAUAUGAGAUGUUAACAGGUUUACCACCAUAUUAUGAUGAAGAUGUCCCUAAAAUGUACAAGAAGAUUUUACAAGAACCACUUAGAUUCCCUGACGAAUUUGAUAAAGAUGCUAAAGACCUUCUAAUUGGAUUAUUGAGCAGAGAUCCAAAGAGAAGAUUGGGUUAUAACGGUGCUCAAGAAAUCAAAAGUCAUCCAUUCUUCAGUCAAUUAUCAUGGCAACGUCUAUGGAUGAAAGGUUACAUCCCACCAUAUAAACCACCAGUGGUAAGUUCAGUUGACACAAGUAAUUUCGAUGAAGAAUUUACUAGAGAAAAACCAAUCGACAGUGUUGUAGAUGAGUUCCUAAGCGAAAGUGUUCAACAACAAUUUGGAGGUUGGACAUACGUAGGAAACGAACAACUAGGUAGUUCAAUGGCUCAAGGAAGAAGCAUCAGAUAG